AAUGGCAGAGACUCAUGGUUUGGUGGAGAGACUGGAGAAAGCAGUGAUUCGGCUUGAAUCAUUAUUUUCAGAUUCACACAGAUCUGGUGGAUUGGAGUGUGACACAAUCAAUGGAGUCAAUGGAAGCAUAGCACCAUAUGUUGAAGCCUUUGAUAGGCUGCUGAAUGGGAGUGUUGCUGAGUUUCUUAGGUACAGCAAGAUUCUUGAAGGUGAUGUGAAGACGCAUGCAGAGAUGGUUCGUGCUGCUUUCCAAGCACAAAGAUCUUUCCUGGUGUUAGCAUCUCAGUGUCAAGAGCCUCAAGAGAAUGAGGUAGCGACGCUUCUCAAACCAAUAUCAGAGAAGAUUCAGGAAAUCCAGAACUUCAGAGAGCGGAACAGAGGAAGUAAGAUGUUCAACCAUCUCUCGGCUGUCAGUGAAAGCAUACCUGCACUUGGUUGGAUAACAGUGUCUCCUAAACCAGGCCCUUAUGUCAAGGAGAUGAAUGAUGCCGCUACCUUUUAUACUAACAGGGUAUUAAAGGACUACAAGCACAGUGAUGAACGCCAUGUUGAUUGGGUGAAGUCAUAUCUGAACAUCUGGUCUGAGCUUCAAGCUUAUAUCAAAGAGCAUCAUACCACAGGUCUCACCUGGAGCAAAACUGGUCCUGUUGCAUCAUCCAUGUCUAUGCGAUCCGUUCUAACCAGCGGACCAUGCCUUGCCCCACCACCACCACCACCACCACCGCCACCUGGACCUCCCCCCAUCUUUGAUACAGAAACCGCGAAGGAUGAAGGAACUGCAUCACGCUCAGCCCUAUUUGCACAGCUUAACCAGGGAGAGGCAAUUACCAAAGGGCUUCGACAUGUCUCUGAUGACCAGAAGACUCACAAGAACCCCAGCCUACGUGCCCAAUGUCCAGCCAUUCCUUCUCCCACAAAAAGUCAUACUCCAAGUCCCACCUCUCCCAAGAGUUCCCCUCAGCAGAGCCAUGCCCCUGUCUUAGAGCUAGAGGGAAAGAAAUGGAGAGUGGAAUAUCAAGAGGAUAAGAAUGACCUGGUCAUUACCAACACUGAACUCAAGCAAGUGGCCUACAUUUUUAAGUGUAACAAAUCUACACUUCAGAUAAAAGGAAAAAUCAAUUCAAUUACUAUUGACAACUGCAAAAAGUUUGGCCUUGUGUUUGACAACGUUGUGGGAAUCGUGGAAGUGAUCAAUUCAAGGGAUAUUCAGAUUCAGGUGAUGGGAAAAGUGCCAACCCUUUCUAUUAACAAAACGGAAGGCUGCCACAUCUACCUGAGUGAGGAAUCAUUAGACUGUGAGAUUGUGAGUGCCAAGUCAUCUGAAAUGAACAUCCUUAUCCCCCAAGACGGUGAUUAUAAAGAAUUUCCGGUUCCUGAACAGUUCAAGACAGCAUGGGACGGAUCCAAGUUGGUCACUGAACCUGCAGAGAUUGUGGGUUAACUUCCUAAUGCCAUACAAUACUUGCUGACCGUGAUCAGACGACAGCCAGCAUAAACAAAGCAGUAAUCUAAAGAACUAGAAGUAGCAGUAGUUCAUACUGCUGUGAUAGGCCUUCAAGCAGUAGCUCUGCAUGCUAGAAACAAUAACACAUCUGGCACGCUUUUGCUAGGCAUCCCAGUAUUAUUCAAGUUUCCACAAAGUUUGCCUUCACUUUACAGUUUUGAGUCUAAAUAAUGUCAUGUGAAUGUAACACCCCCCACCCUCCUGUUCAUUGGCUUGAAAUACUGUAUACAUUAGGCCAAAAUACUGCAUGAUACAUUUUGUUAUCAUCUUGCUUCAGUGCAUUCUCUUUUAUAUUUCUGCUAGUCAAAAACAGUAUUAAGACUCUAAGAUGUUUAUUUUUACCUUUAGGCAAUUCCUGUAUGAAGCAGCAAAAAUGUACCCUUAGAAAGUGUGCAAUUCCUUGUAGUUCUGUGGCAAUCACAAUGGAUUUUGUUUCAAACAAGCAAAAAAGGACAACUUUCAGCAAUACGUUUUGCUAAUGGAAAAAAAAUCCAAUAUUUUAAUCAAACAUUUUUCUAAUUUCUAUAUUUAGAAGAUCCCUAUGUUUUCAGUGAGAUAAGAUUUUAUUAUGGUCUACACAGACUUGCUGUUGCCCUCCUAUUUCUUGUAAAUUAGUAAUUCUUUUUAAGUUAAAACCUUACCUAGGCCAAAACCUUGCAGCAAAUCAUUUGGAUUUCUUUUUUUUUUUCUUUUUUUUCUUUUUUGGAGAAAAGCUCUCACUUGCUAAAAUUUCACACUGUACCUUGCAUCCUAUUAAGAAAAUUGAGAGUGGGUUACUUUGAUUUGGGGUACACAUCAUCUGGUUUCCAUGCUAAUGUUGUUCCUUUAAGAUAUUGCUAUUGUAGCUCUUAUUCAUUAAAGGUAUCUUUCUGUUUCUCUCCUACAUUUGUAAGACUCACUCAACUUCAAGUAUGUCCAUGAAGCAAAGUCAUAGAUUUAUUUCAUAUUAAUUCUGAGCCCAAAAUAAAGGGGUAAUUUCUUGUUUAGCCUUUUGAUUCUACUUUACAGUCUCUAUUGUACAUGCUUUUUUAACAAAGGUGGAGUGUUGUAUACAUUUGUACUAUUUCAGCACAUAGUACUAAUAAAAUUUUAAAAAUUUAAAAAGCCAG